AACGAACAGUGUGUGAACAUGCUACUCACACACUCUUUGUUCUCUUAUAUGUCCCUCUCUCACUUCUUCCCUUUAAAACAACCACCAUUCCCUAUUUGUCUCUCACUUGAAACUCAUAACAAUGUUCACAAAUGGAUGCAAAUUGUUUUAGGCUGAACAAGAGCUCAGCACUAUGUUCAACUCACUGGAACACCAUCAAACGUAAACCAGAACAUCCUUUGUGGCUGCAAUGCUCAGAACGCCCUCAGACAAACAUCACAGGAGAAACAAGAAAAACUAAUGCCUACAAAGAUAACUUGUUUAAUCGUUUAGCAAUACAUCAUCUUUCAAAAAGCGUUCAAGAAGCCACAGGACUCGGUAACAAUAAGAGUGGGUUUGAGAGCUUGGUUGAGGCAGCUACUGUGGCUAAACAGAAAUUUGACCCUAUUCAGCAGCAAGAGGUUAUCAUUCAAGCUCUUCACAAAGCAUUCCCAAAGCCAAUACUUUCAUUGAUUUUGAUGACAUGAGUUGUGAGAUGAUAUUUGGACAGGAGCCUCCAGCAUCAAUUGAUGAUACAGCACUGAAGCAACCUUGUUAUAAACUAUGCAAGGCAUAUAAAAAGCAUGGAACGGACUGCCUCACUAGUUAAUGCAGAGAGUAUGGAAGAUAGAAGGAUAUAUGGGUUCUAACAGAGAACACCAUUUAUUUUGUUGAAGAAAAAAGAACAUCAUUCUACGUACCAACCACUACAAUUAUUAUUUGGCUUUUGUAAAAAUUAUUUUAAAAGUCAUAUUUAUAGUAAUUUCUACUUGGUUUAUAGUAUAAAAAACUUCAUACUGAAUAUUACUAAUAAUGAAAAUUAAACUCUUAAUUAUAAAUAUGAAUUGUUAGGGACAACUACCUAAAUGAAUAACUCCCCCUUCCCUUCUCCAAAAUGAAGAUUGGAUUCUGACUAGAAAACUCACACAAAUUGGCAACCUGCUAUAACGUUCAAUUGUUUUUCAAAGUGGGAAUUACACCUUUCCCCUUAGACUGGGUUCAACAAUUUAUUCAAACUGAUAGUGAUCAUUAGAAAUUUCUAUAGUAUGUACUAAUUAGUUUAAGGCGAAAUUUCUAUAGUGUGUAAUGACCUCAUCAGUUUAUCUAUUUCUGAUUUGUAAAGAAAAUUGAAUAGUUUCCUAUUUUGGGAAGAAGUGGUUUAGCUCAAGAUUUGUGGUAGGCAUGGAUGGAACAAGAAUGUGUCUCCCACAUUGUGUAUGCUGCCAAAGCUCAGAUUCAUCAGCCAUAGUUUCUCUCAUUAAGAAAACAACCAAGUGCUCCAACGCACUUCGAACCAAUCAUUUGCAACUGGAUUUCCAUCAUUUUUCUAUGAAAGUUCUUUCUUUUACGUUUUCAAUUAUAUAAAACCAGACGUGGCCAGCAGCCUGUU